AUGAACAUUUUGGAACAGCUUUGCCUGGAAGCCCCUGAACAAGAAUCAAGCAUGUUGUCAAGGUAUUACGAGACAUUCAUUCCAGCUUUGGUGCAGCUUUCCAACAAGGAGGACAAUGAGUACAAUUCUAGAGCUUCUGCAUACGAAGCCUUGUCUUCCUUCGUGACUUAUAGUGCUAACGAUUGUAUGGGCAUUGUCAGCAACAUCGCUACAGAGGUUUUGAGCAGGUUGGAGGCAACCAUAGCCAUGCAACUGCAGGUUUUCAGCGUCGAAAGCAGAUCCGCUUUGGAAGAAUUACAAGUUAAUAUAUUGUCCUUGUUGACUGCUGUGAUCAGACGCUUGAGCUCUCAGGUACAAGGUGCAGCUGAUAAGUUGAUGACAAUGUUCAUCAAGUUGUUGGAAGCGCAACAGCCAAAUGCUUUGAUUGAAGAGGAUAUUUUCAUUGCUAUCUCUGCUGUCUGCAGUGCAGUUGGCCCCGAGUUCUUGAAGUACAUGGAUCUGUUUAUUCGCAUACUUGACUAA